GGCUAUUUAAAGCGGCAGCGCUGGUUAGGAGCCGCGGGUCCUGGAGUCCUUCCACGCCAGCUUUGUCGAUUCUUCUUUCUCAGCCUAGCCCAGCCUCACCAUGGUGGACGCCUUCGCGGGGACGUGGAAGCUAGUAGACAGCAAGAAUUUUGAUGACUACAUGAAGUCAGUCGGUGUGGGUUUUGCUACCAGGCAGGUGGCCAACAUGACCAAGCCUACCACAAUCAUCGAAAUAAAUGGGGACACUAUCACCAUAAAAACACAGAGCACCUUCAAGAACACCGAGAUCAGCUUCAAGCUGGGGGUGGAGUUCAAUGAGACAACGGCAGAUGACAGGAAGGUUAAGUCCAUUGUGACGCUGGAUGGAGGCAAACUUGUCCACCUGCAGAAGUGGGACGGGCAAGAGUCAACACUUGUGCGGGAGCUUGUUGAUGGAAAACUCAUCCUGGUACUGAUAACACCAACCUUGAAGGGCUGCUGGGAAAUCUGAAUGAGACAGUGGAUG